AUGAAUCUUCUCGGAUGUUUGCUUUUCAGUCUGUAUCGUGUGCACGCACCGUGUUUUAGGUUUGAUUCCCGUCCUUACUACUGGAACAGCGAACUCCAAACGCCAACUGAGGAAUUUCCUGUACAAUGCGUGAACAAGAUCGACCCUCAGGAUCCGCAAUUUGGUCGAGUGUACUACGAGAACGAUACUCGACCAACGGAGAUCGCUUAUGCAUGUCCCGAAGGGGACUACUGUUGUGGGUAUGACUGCUGUCAGGAGGGUACCUUCUUCACCAGCCUUUUCAUCUUAAAAAAUCAAUUCUAUCGAAGUCAAUGUUACAGCCGACUUCUCGUGCUGAUCCUCGUUCUUUCCGUGAUCGGCGUUUUCUGCAUUGAAGCCAUCAGAUGGGGUCUUAACUGUAUGUACAUGUGUAAAUAUGGCCAUCCACGGGAAUGUGAACCGCUCAGCAUAUAA